UCUUCAAAUUAAACUGCAACAGAACGGACCAGCAUCAUUUCGCAGACUUCAUCGGCGAUCAAAAUGAACGAUUCAUCGGCAACGGCAAACCUAACCUCAGUUCCAGAAGAGACCUCGGAAGAAGACCAAAAUCAUGAGACUGCCACUGAAACUGUUAACAAAUUGCCCUCCGCGUUUUCUGCUAAGCCCGAUCGUCCUCCAAUCCAGAUUUCUUCACAAAAAUAUGCACCUAUAGAUUGGUUAGGCUACUUUGACCAAGAGGACGAUAUUCGCAUCCAGGAUUCAAAUGAUGUUUUCCACAUUUACACAGCAGGAACUAAAGGUCCAGUUGUGUUUUGUCUACAUGGUGGGGGUUAUUCCGGGCUUUCAUUUGCAUUAUCAGCAAGUAAAAUGAAGGAGAAAGUUCGGGUUGUAGCCAUGGAUUUGAGGGGGCAUGGAAUGUCAUCCACAGAGGAUGAAUUAGAUCUAUCAAUUGAGACUCUGUGCAAUGAUGUACUUGCUGUUCUGAAGAAAAUGUAUGGAGAUUCUCCUCCAGCAAUUGUACUUGUUGGCCACAGCAUGGGUGGCUCAGUUGCUGUUCAUGUUGCUGCAAAGAAGGCACUUCCUAGCUUGGCUGGCCUAAUUGUCGUAGAUGUUGUUGAGGGGACUGCAAUGGCGUCAUUGGUUCAUAUGCAAAAGAUUCUAUCAAACCGAAUGCAGCAUUUUUCAUCCAUUGAGAAAGCGAUCGAAUGGAGUGUCAAAGGAGGCUCUUUGAGAAAUAUUGAAUCUGCUCGCCUCUCAAUUCCCAGCACAUUAAAAUAUGAUGAGGCGAAAAAAUGUUACACCCACCGAGCUAAACUGGAAGAAACGGAACAAUAUUGGAGAGGCUGGUAUGAAGGCCUUUCAGAAAAAUUCUUGUCAUCUCCCGUACCAAAAAUAUUGCUUUUAGCUGGGACAGAUAGACUGGACAGAACUCUCACAAUAGGUCAAAUGCAAGGGAAGUUUCAAAUGGUAGUCGUCCGACAUACAGGCCACGCCAUACAGGAGGACGUGCCUGAGGAAUUUGCUACAUUGGUGCUUAAUUUUAUACAUAGGAAUCGAAUAGGCCCUCAUGGCGUUGAGAUUCCAGGGAUUCUUCGUCCAUCAGUGUCAAAACCUUGAGCAAUAAGAUCGGAUUUGCUGAACCAAAUCCAUGUUUAAAAUUAUCGUUUCGAUGUCCAGGUCUUAAAUUAAUAUUUAGGAAUUAGAACUGAUCGUGUGAUGCAGCUGUUGCGUUGAUGAGAGAUUUGUUUUUAGUAUCAUGAAAAAUGGAUUUACUUGUACCAAAAGUUAAUGAUACCUUUGGAUUGCUGUUUUCGAACUAUUUUUCAGUAUUUGAU